GAAGGACUAGCGUCCGAAACGUCAUUGGCAUAUUGGUGCUCCGAGAGCUUGAGAUAAGCCAUGUUCAGAGCGAAGGACUUGGUCAAGCUUGGUCGUCAAGUGAUUCAUGGCUACAAGAAAAGUGGUCCCUUGUCGUCGCCAUGGAGUGUUCCACUAUAUUCCAAAGUCCACUUUUUCUCGAGUGAUAAUGGACUCAAAGUAGAAGAAGCCAAAAGAUUAAACUGGCAAGGUCGUGUGGAUCUUGCCGCUGCUUUUAGAGGCCUUGAAUCAAUGAACUUUCAUGAAGGUAUUUGUAACCAUCUCAGUCUGGUGGUACCGGCUUC